AGCGGCGCGGCGGGAGCGCGGGGCAGAGGGACGCGGGCUACCCUGGACAGCGCAUCUUCGCCCGCCGGGUCGCCGCGCCUCAGCGGAUCAUGGAGCAUCUAAAGGCCUUUGAUGAUGAAAUCAAUGCUUUUUUGGACAAUAUGUUUGGACCUCGAGAUUCCCGAGUCCGAGGAUGGUUCAUGUUGGACUCUUACCUUCCCACCUUUUUUCUUACUGUCCUGUAUCUGCUUUCCAUAUGGCUGGGUAACAAAUACAUGAAGACCAGACCUGCUCUUUCCCUCAAGGGUAUCCUCACCUUGUACAAUCUGGGAAUCACACUUCUCUCCGUAUACAUGCUGGCAGAGCUUAUUCUCUCCAGUUGGGAAGGAGGCUACAACUUACAGUGUCAAGAUCUUGCCAGUGCCGGGGAAGCUGAUGUCCGGGUAGCCAAGGUGUUAUGGUGGUACUACUUCUCCAAAUCAGUAGAGUUCCUGGACACAAUUUUCUUUGUUUUGCGGAAAAAAACCAGCCAGAUUACUUUUCUUCACGUAUACCAUCAUGCCUCCAUGUUUAACAUCUGGUGGUGUGUUUUGAACUGGAUACCUUGUGGGCAAAGCUUCUUCGGACCCACCCUGAACAGUUUCAUCCACAUCCUCAUGUACUCCUACUACGGCCUUUCCGUGUUCCCGUCCAUGCACAGGUAUCUCUGGUGGAAGAAAUACCUCACACAGGCUCAGCUGGUGCAGUUCGUGCUCACCAUCACGCACACCAUGAGCGCAGUGGUGAAGCCCUGCGGCUUCCCUCUGGGCUGUCUCAUCUUCCAGUCUUCCUACAUGCUGACGUUAGUCAUCCUCUUCUUAAAUUUUUACGUGCAGACAUACCGGAAAAAGCCAGUGAAGAAAAUUAUGGAAGAGUCACCUGCUGGGAAAGAAGUGAAGAAUGGUUUUUCCAAAGCCUACUUCACCGCCACUAAUGGGGUCAUCAACAAGAAAGCACAGUAAACGUCAAGUGACAGACAAAGCAUAUAUAAUAGCCUAACAGAUUCGCUUGUUUUAAAGCAAAGACUGAAUUGAAAGUUAUAUAUGUUUUAGCAUAAACUAAUUUCUUUUGAGUUUAUAAAUCAUUUGUACCUGGAAUGUAUUAAUAUAUUGCUAUUAGGUUAA